CCGCGCCGCGCGCUCGCGCCUCCCUCCCUCCUCCCGCUCCGUGGCUCCCGCGCUCCCGGCGAGGCUCAGGCGCCGAGCGCGCGGACGGGCGCACGACAGACGGCCCCGGGAAGCCUCGGCCCGUGCCUCCCGGGCGGGCUAUGUUGAUUGCCCCGCCAGGGCCGGCCCGCGGGAUCAGCACAGCCCGGCCCGCGGCCCCGGCGGCCAGCGGGGACUAUGAACCGGAAAGCGCGGCGCUGCCUGGGCCACCUCUUUCUCAGCCUGGGCAUGGUCUACCUCCGGAUCGGCGGCUUCUCCUCAGUGGUAGCUCUGGGCGCGAGCAUCAUCUGUAACAAGAUCCCAGGCCUGGCUCCCAGACAGCGGGCGAUCUGCCAGAGCCGGCCCGACGCCAUCAUCGUCAUAGGAGAAGGCUCGCAAAUGGGCCUGGACGAGUGUCAGUUUCAGUUCCGCAAUGGCCGCUGGAACUGCUCGGCGCUGGGGGAGCGCACCGUCUUCGGGAAGGAGCUCAAAGUGGGGAGCCGGGAGGCUGCCUUCACCUACGCCAUCAUCGCGGCCGGCGUGGCCCACGCCAUCACCGCGGCCUGUACCCAGGGCAACCUGAGCGACUGUGGCUGCGACAAGGAGAAGCAAGGCCAGUACCACCGGGACGAGGGCUGGAAGUGGGGUGGCUGCUCUGCCGACAUCCGCUAUGGCAUCGGCUUCGCCAAGGUUUUUGUGGAUGCACGGGAGAUCAAGCAGAACGCCCGGACCCUCAUGAACUUACACAAUAACGAGGCGGGCCGAAAGAUCCUGGAGGAGAACAUGAAGCUGGAGUGCAAGUGCCACGGCGUGUCGGGCUCCUGCACCACCAAGACCUGCUGGACCACGCUGCCCCAGUUCCGGGAGCUGGGCUACGUGCUCAAGGACAAGUACAACGAGGCGGUCCACGUGGAGCCCGUGCGCGCCAGCCGCAACAAGCGGCCCACCUUCCUGAAGAUCAAGAAGCCGCUGUCCUACCGCAAGCCCAUGGACACAGACUUGGUGUACAUCGAGAAGUCGCCCAACUACUGCGAGGAGGACCCGGUGACGGGCAGCGUGGGCACGCAGGGCCGCGCCUGCAACAAGACGGCCCCCCAGGCCAGCGGCUGCGACCUCAUGUGCUGCGGCCGCGGUUACAACACCCACCAGUACGCCCGCGUGUGGCAGUGCAACUGCAAGUUCCACUGGUGCUGCUACGUCAAGUGCAACACGUGCAGCGAGCGCACCGAGGUCUACACCUGCAAGUGAGCGGCGGGGCGGGCGCCGAGGACCGCCGCCGCCCAGGCCGCCCUCCCCCGGGAGCCGCAGGAACGCUCCGCUUGUCUUUCCUGCUGUGGGGGCACCUCUCGGGCUUUCCCGCCAGGGCCCCGCGUAGUCCAGGCCACACCGCCCAGGACCCUCCUCGGCCGGAGCAGAGCCUUCAUUCCCGCCAGGAACUCUGGACCCCUGGGCCUCAUCAUAGCAAUAUUUAACAGUUUAUUCUGAUAAAAAAUAAUAUUAAUUUAUUUAAUUAAAAAGA